AUGAGUGCUGCCUUCGCAAGGAGUGCUGCCAUCGCAAGGAGUGCUGCCUUCGCAAGGAGUGCUGCCUUCGCAAUGAGGGCUGCCUCUGCAGGGAGUGCUGCCUUCGCAAGGGGUGGUGCCUUCGCAAGGAGUGCUGCCUCUGCAAGGAGUGCUGCCUUCGCAAGGAGUGCUGCCUUCGCUAGGAGUGCUGCCCUUCUAAGGAGAGCUGGUUCCGCAAGGAGUGCUGCCAUCGCUAGGAGUGCUGCUUUCGCAAGGAGGGCUGACUUCGCAGGGAGUGCUGCCUUUGCAGGGAGUGCUGCCUUCGCAUGGAGUGGUGCCUUCGCAAGGAGUGCUGCCUUCGCAGGCAGUGCUGCAUCCGCAAGGAGUGCUGCCUUCGCAAGGAGUACUGCCUUCGCAAGUAGUGCUGCAUUUGCAAGGAGCGCUGCCAUCGCAAGGAGUGCUGCCUCCGCUAGGAAUUGCUGCCUUCGCAAGGAGGGCUGCCUUCGCAAAGAGGGCUGCCUUCGCAGCGAGUGCCGCCUUCGCAAGGGGUAA